AUGCCUUCCCGAGGGGCCGCACAGCCACAAGCCGCUCCACCGAGCACGAGCAAGGGCUUGGUAUCGACGAUGCUCAUGCCGUUCAUGGCGCUAGCAUUCGUCCUGCUGCAUGCGAUGUACCAGCUCGCAAUCCUGGCACGUUCCGUCGCAUCAGCCGUCUCAAGGGCCACACGGCGCUGCUCCCACCAACCUGCGUCGUCCUUCGCAUCGCUUGCGGAGCUGCUUGCCGAGCACGAGUGUGCGCCGGAAUCGGUGCGCGUGCCUGAUCACCUGGCUGUGGUGCUUGCAGAUGCCGCCCCCUCCUCGCUCCGACUCUACCUGUCCACGCAGUGGAUGCGCUUGCAUUCCACCAGCACCAAGUCGGGCGACUUUCACGCCACGUACCAAGCCGCCGUGGAGGCCAAGCACGUCGAGGAUGCAGCGACACUCAUCCACCUGGCUGCGAUCAGCGGUGUGCGCCGGCUGAGCAUCUACACGUGCGAGCCACUCGGCGCGCAAGCACUACAGCAACUCACACGGCACCUGCAGUUGGCGUACAAGACCCGUGGCGUGAUCCACCCGACAUCGUCGCAGCAGAGCGAGACGAGCGAUCCGAGCUUGUGGAAGUACACCGAGCUGCGCCGACGCACAAGACUACGACGGACCGACGGAAGUGAUGCAUCGAACCCCAGUGCACCUGGAUCGCCGGCAUCGAGCGAUUCGGAAGCGGCGCCCUCUUCGCUCGACGAAACGCUCGCGUCGUCGUACACUGGCGAGACCGAGCCGCUCAGCUCGGACGUAUGCAGCGCGACUGUGGACAUCCGACUGGGGCUUUCGUCGCCCGCCCUGCCAAUGGGCACGUCGCUGCAAGUUGUCCUCCUAUCGCACUGCGACGGGCAGGACCACUUUGCCCAUCUCGUCUCGACACAUGUGCACGAGCGCGCACGCAGCUACCUUUCCACGGUGGUGCUGAGUGACAUUGCGUCGUCGUCGCGCUUCUCGGCAUCACGUCUGCGCAAAGCGUGGGUGUCGAGACGCGAGCGAUUCGUUGCCGAUCUCGAUGUGGCGCGGCUCGACGCACAUGUGCGUGGCGCCGGCUACUUGGACGAGCCCGAGCUGCUCGUCGUGCGCGGCUCACGGCCGAGUCUACGUCGGCUCUACGGCUUUCCGGCCUGGCCACUGCGGAUUACCGACCUGUUCUACGACGAGGCGCUGCAACCCCAUGCGCGCUAUGCGCCACACGACUUUGUAGCCGCACUGCGCAAGCUCGCGCGUGCCGAACAGCGGCAUGGCAAGUAG